GUCAUCGGACGGCGCAGGCCAGCCGCACUUUGGAGUUUGGAGAGAACCGUGAGUGUCGGAGCAUGGCGGCCGCUGAAGCAGCUUUAACGUCGUUGGUAACGGGCCUUUACGAUGUGCAGGCUUUCAAGUUUGGGAACUUCGUGCUGAAGAGCGGGCUCUCUUCCCCGGUCUACAUCGACCUGCGGGGAAUUGUGUCUCGACCGCGUCUUCUUAGUCAGGUUGCAGAAAUUUUAUUCCAAACUGCCCAAAAUGCAGGGAUCAAUUUUGAUACUGUGUGUGGAGUACCUUAUACAGCUUUACCAUUGGCUACCGUUAUUUGUUCAACCAAUCAAAUUCCAAUGCUUAUUAGAAGGAAAGAAACAAAGGAUUAUGGUACUAAGCGUCUUGUAGAAGGGUGUAUUAAUCCUGGAGAAACCUGUCUAAUCAUUGAAGAUGUUGUUACCAGCGGAUCUAGUGUUUUGGAAACUGUUGAGGUUCUUCAGAAGGAGGGCUUGAAGGUCACUGAUGCCGUAGUGCUGCUGGACAGAGAGCAAGGAGGCAGGGACAAACUGCAGGCGCAUGGGAUUCGUCUCCACUCAGUGUGUACAUUGUCCAAAGUGCUGGAGAUUCUUGAGCAACAGGAAAAAGUUGAUGCUGAGAUGGUCGAGAGAGUGAAGAGAUUUAUUCAGGAGAAUGUUUUUGUGGUAACUAAUCAUAAUGGUUCUCUCCAUUCUGUAAAGAAAGCACCCAAGGAACUAAGCUUUGGUGCACGUGCAGAGCUGCCCGGGAUCCACCCAGUUGCAUCGAAGCUUCUGAGGCUUAUGCAGAAGAAGGAGACCAAUCUGUGUCUGUCUGCUGAUACUGCAGAGUCCAGUGAGCUGUUGCAGCUAGCAGAUGCUUUAGGACCCAGCAUCUGCAUGCUCAAGACUCACGUAGAUAUUCUGAAUGAUUUUACUCUGGAUGUGAUGAAGGAGUUAACCACUCUGGCAAAAUGCCAUGAGUUCUUAAUAUUUGAAGACCGGAAAUUUGCAGAUAUAGGAAGCACAGUGAAAAAGCAGUAUGAAGGUGGUAUCUUUAAAAUAGUUUCCUGGGCAGAUCUAGUAAAUGCUCACGUGGUGCCAGGCUCAGGAGUUGUGAAAGGCCUGCAAGGAGUUGGCUUGCCCCUGCAUCGGGCAUGCUUGCUCAUUGCAGAAAUGAGCUCUGCUGGCUCCUUGGCCACUGGGGACUACACUAAAGAAGCAGUGAGAAUGGCCGAAGAGCAUUCUGAAUUUGUGAUUGGCUUUAUUUCUGGCUCCCGAGUAAGCAUGAAACCUGAGUUUCUUCACUUGACUCCAGGAGUUCAGUUAGAAGCAGGAGGUGAUAAUCUCGGCCAGCAGUACAGAAGCCCACGGGAAGUUAUUGGCAAACAAGGUUCUGAUAUCAUCAUUGUGGGCCGGGGCAUAAUAACAUCACCAAAUCGUCUGGAAGCAGCUGAGAUGUACAGAAAAGCUGCUUGGGAAGCUUAUUUGAGUAGACUUGCUGUUUGAGUGUCUCCGACAUAUUUUUGUGAAGGCCUUGAAGAUACAUUGUCUCCUGAGAUGCUGCUGGCUUGAAAUAAUAAGCAACCUUUAAUACUGCUUGGAGUCUUCCACUGGUCCUGUCGGAAUGAUUUCCGGAAUUACCACGGGCUAUGGGGAUAUAGUGACCUGUAAUCACUGCACUGUCGCUAUGCUCAGUUCGUUUUCAGGCUGCCUUUUAUUGAGACUGAUGUUGGUGAGGCAAUCCAUAUUUGAAGAUCCACUCAUCUCUGUAUCAGACUUUUUGAUUCUUUUAAUUUCUAUGGGACAAAAAUUUGAGGACAUCAAGAGGCUAAAACCAGUACAGCAUUUCUUGUGUCCUUUAUUUGGUGUCUCUGAUGCCCUAAUAAUGUUUAGAUAUUUCCUGUUCUCCUCCUCUUCUGCUUAAAAGUGAUGGUCGAAGUGUCCAAAAGGUGCUGGGUCCCAGCACUGCCUUUGCUCACUCACCCAAGGGAGCUGGGGGAGGGGAGGGGAGGGGAGGGGCAGGUGAUGACGGUAACUGAGCCCCUGAAGCCAGUGCCCGGCCUUCAUUCAACAGGCAGGGCUGUUGACUCAUCUCUUCCCCGAGGCAGGUGUUGUCGGCCCCAGUCAUUGCUUUCUUUUGCCUUUUUUCUAUUACCAGUGGACCAGCUGCCCCUUCAUUUAUUUAGAAGGGAACAGUGGUAAGAGGUUCAUUUGGAGAUUUGCUUGAAGAUCCUACAUGAUUCUCCCAACCAUCGUUGAUAGGGAUGUCAGCCUCACAUUUAGAAGUAAAGAGAAAGCAGACCAGCGACAAGAGGUAGCAACCACUUUGGGCUGGGCGCAUCUGCCUUCCCUCACAGGCCCCGCCUUCGUGCACGUGGCAGUUGGGCAGCCCUCAUUCUGGGCCCCGGUGCAAUUUCUCUUAGAAAUUCCUGAGUUUCUGGAUGAUCCCUGUACAAAUAAAGCUGUUCCCCAUUUUCA